GCCUGCGGCUUCGGCAUCAAUCGGGUGUCCAGGUUUCUGGUCGAGCAGACUUCGGAGCUAGCGAUCAGUCACCUGCCGACAGGCGCGCAGACGAUGCUGAACGUUGUGUUUCAGAUCCUCUAUUUCUCCCUGAUGUCGGUGGCCGUGAUUCGAUUGGACGCGUGGUACUCUUCCACGAGGGCUCAACGGCAGCAGUAUGCGGAUGAAGCCGCCCGGAAACACGAUUCGAUCUUGGAGAUGGAACUGGAGGUUGCCAAUGGUCUUGGUGACACCAUGACCCACGCGCUGGCUUUCGUCUAUGGCUGGGGCGUCUCCGACACAUUGAGGUC